AUGCUGGAGGACCACACCCGUUGUUGGUCAGCGAGUCCAUCGGACUGGCGCGAGAUAGCUCUGGACCGGGAUCGCUGGAGACUUUUGGUGUCGGAGGUCAAAAUCCACUACGGGUCGCUGAGCCAGAGGAGUAAAGGCCAAGCAGAAGGCGGUAUCGAAGUUCUGGAAGAUAUUUCCAUCACCUCGUUGUCUGAGUCGGAGCUGGGGCGAAAGCGCCUUUACUCAGGGGGUUCUGAAAACUCUGGCACGGAGACAGGGACGGGAGCGACCGCGGGGAGUAGAACCCGUCCAGUGGCCAAAAGGGGCAAGGCACCCACACUCAGGGGCGCCAGAGCAGCUCUGAGAGAGCGCGUGGAGAGAGACCGGGAGGAAGAGUUUGAGGCGGCACUCGACAAGAGAGUAUUUAGGAAGGAGCAGGGUGUGGGGGGUCAUAUGGAGGAGACCCCCAUCGAGAUAGACAAUAUCGAGGAACGGGGGGCCGAGGAGCUCAGGGUGGCCACUGAGGCCAACCUUAACUUAAUCCUCGGCUUGACUGGGAAGUCAGUCAACCUCAAGGGUGGUUACGCUGCCAAAAUCAGAAGGGCCGCCGGUUCCAUUAGGGAGAUGCUGGAGUCCCUAGUGGUCCGCACCGAGACGGACGAAGUCCGAAGGCUGAGGGCGGACAAUUGUCGCAUCGCGCGGGAGCUGGAGUUGUGCCGUGAGGAGAUACGCGCUUACAAACGGGAGUUCGAGGAUAGCCGCAAAAAGGUGGCUGAAUCCACGAGCAGAAAGGAGUCUGCCGACCUAAUGCAGGAUAUAGCGAUUAUGGUCGGCAACAUUGUGGACGACCGCAUGGCGGCUCUUCAGCUCCCUGCUGCCCCUCCUUGCGGCACCCCAAUGGCUAGGGACAGCAGACCACUGGCGCGAGCUACAAGGGCCACCAGUGCGAGCAAGAACCGAAUGACGGCGGCCUCUAGCGCUAGCGUGGGUGCCCAAUUAGACUCGGAGGAGCCCUCCACCCUUCCCCUAGCAUCGAGCAAGGGAAAGGGGAAGGGAAAAGGCAAAGGAAAGGGAAAGGUUAAGGAGGUGGAGUGGACUGCGUUCGGUCCCUCCACCUCAAAGCAAGCGGCCACUCAACGGAAGGAGGGAGAGGUGGCUAUACCCCAUGAGGAGCCGAGGGCAAGCUGGACAGAAGUCGUCCGCCGGAAAUCGGCGGCGAACAAACGGACAGCUUCAGCGCCGCCGGCGAAGAACCCGGUGACAAAAAAAACGGCAGCCUCAACGCCGCCGGCCAAGAAGGAGACCCCGAAGCCUAGGCUGGCGCUCCCUCGCUCUGCGGCCGUAAUUAUUAAGUUACGGCCGGAGGCAGUAGCCAGGGGGGCCACGUACGGGUCGACAUUGCUUAAGGCCGAGAGCAAUAUCGACCUCAACGAGCUGGGAAUAGGCCCGCUUCGAAUUCGCCAGUCGGCGACCGGGGCGCGACUUAUCGAGGUGACCGGCUCCACGUGUGGGGAGAAGGCCGAUGCCCUCGCCGCUCGUCUAAAGGAGGCCUUGGCUGAGGAGGUGGAGGUGCUCCGGCCUGAGAAGUGGGCAGAGAUGCGAAUCUCAGGCCUGAGCGACGCGGUCACAGCGGAGCGCUUGGCUACUGCGGUGGCGAAGGAGGGGGGCUGUUCUCCGGGACAAGUCCACGUGAGAAACAUUCGCGUGGGGCAAAUGGGCUCGGGAACAGCCCACAUUGAAGUUCCAGCAGCAGCAGGGAAAAAAUUGCUGCAAGCCGGGAAAAUAGCGGUGGGGUGGAGCAGGGGGGUCGUCCACCUCCUGCAGGCGCGUCCCAGGCACUGCUUCCGUUGUUUGGGACUAGGGCACGUCGGUGCCACGUGCCCAGCAGGCACUGACCGCAGCACACUGUGCUAUCGCUGCGGACAGGCUGGCCACAAAGCCGCCGGGUGCUCGGCCGCCGCUCGUUGCGCGGUGUGCGCGGACGCUGGCAGGCCGGCGGGCCACGUGAUGGGGGGCAUGGCGUGCAAACCCCCAUUAACUCGCGGGAAGUUCCCCUGGCAGACAUCCCAAGGGGGGAACCAAGUGGUGACAGCAGACGCUGAGAUGGCCGAAUAA